GAACCCUUGCCUCUCUUCGUCCGUCCGUCCGUCCGUCCGUCCGUCGAGCCACUAUCGCCGUCCGUCGAACACAGGGGCUUCUCUUCGUCCGUCGAGCAGAACUGCGAGUAGCCCUAGCCCCUCACUGAACCUCGCAACUUCUUCGUGGAGCUUGGCGGCCGUCGUCUUCGUCUGCUCAGCCGCGCUUCCACCUUCGUCCGUCGCGCUCAGGAUAUUCCGUCCUCGCCUGGUCGCCAGCCUCCAAGUCUCGAACCCCUCUCAUUCCCCAAUCGUGUGGUCGUCCUCUGGUCUUUGCCUGGUCGCCGUCUUCCGUCGUGCUCAACCGCUCUCCGGCGUCCGUGGAAGCCUGUAACUGAAAACAAUGCCAAUCUAAAGACAUGCUUUUUUCAUGUUCUCUUCAAGGGAGGAUAUGGUGAGUGCGUGUCUUGUUCCCAUUCGAAGUUAAUUGUGCAGAGAGAUAUCGCAAAAGCAUGCUUUUGGACAAAUCCCCUCCAACACCAAAGCAAAAGAAACUGUGCCUUCUUCCUUGCUUAUUAUUCUCUUCUCUUCUGACACCAAUCCGAAAUUGAUUCUGAGAGCAUCUUGUCUUUUUUAUCUGCAAAUUAAAGGCACCGAUGUGUUUCCCAGGUGGUGUGUCUUGACUUGCGUCAUUUCGUUUGUAAAUCGUACUCAAUCUAGCUUGGGAAAGUGGAAGUCAUGAACGCUUAUGCUCAACUUCAUUAGCCCUUUCUAAGAGAUAUCAACAGCUAGCAGCAAGGAUUAUAAAAUUUUGAUCACAAGCCAUACAAAUAAAAGAUGCCACAGGUUGUAAAUCCCAGGCAGGGUAUUUUGCAUACCUAUUCCUUUGCCUGUUUCAGAGAGCACUUGAAGGAGCCAGCUGAUUCUAGGAUUUCCCAUGUGGUUUUCAGCUUGUUUUCAAGGCACCAUCGCGGGAAACUUUGUCUUGGUGACACAAAAAUUAAGCCUUUAAAAUUGAUGAGGCGCACAUUAUGCCCUUGUAGUAGAACAGGAGUUGUUGCAGAUGAACAUCAAGAAGACUUUCCUGAUGAAGAUGAGGACCUGUGUCCCGUUGAUUGUGUAAGGGAAUUCACGACGGAUGAAGAGUUCUGCAGGAUUCUGGACAAGGCUAAAGGAACAGGAUCUUUGGUGGUAGUAGAUUUCUACCGCACCUCUUGUGGAAGCUGCAAAUAUAUAGAGCAGGGUUUUGCCAAAUUGUGCAAGAAGGCUGGUGAUGAUGAAGCCCCGGUUAUUUUCCUAAAGCAUAAUGUAAUGGACGAGUAUGAUGAGCAAUCCGAAGUUGCAGAGCGACUAAGAAUCAGGGCUGUGCCUCUUUUCCAAUUCUACAAAGAUGGGGUCCUGUUGGAAGCAUUCCCAACCAGAGAUAAAGAAAAGAUUGUCGCAGCCAUCCUCAAGUAUUCAUCUCUUGAGCCCCAAGAUAUUGUGUGUUAAUUUUAUGGGAAGGGAUCACUCAUGCAAAAUUAGUUCUACAUGACACAAGUUCUUUAAACAUAAUUUUGUAGACCACAAAAUAUUUUAGCCAUGUGAUUAUAUUUCACUUAAUUGGAACACUUGCUUAGUCAGUGAUUCUCAAUUUCUCAUAGACCCUUCAGGGGGUUUCAAUAAAUAUUUUUUUUUCUUGUUAA